GCCAAGCCAUCAUCACUGCCCAUCUGGAGCACUGACAGGAAGCCCACCAAGGCUCAGUGUGACAAAUUGUUCCCCACCGGGCAGUUCCUUAAGGAAAAUAUGGACCCGGAAAACAGUGGCAGAGCAGGUCUUGCUCUUCCGAGCCCACAGCGGCCCCCCAGUGGGUCUGAAAUUGAACUUUCAGAAGCUCCUCUCCGUGACACCCCCUUACUGGAGAAGGCCGCCCCAUCCCCACCCCACCGUACAUGGCAGACACUCUUGAAAAGGGAGCUGGAAUUCCUGGGGGUAACACAGAUUCUCGUUGCUUUGCUGUGCCUUUGUUUUGGAACAAUUGUCAGCUCCAUGCUCCAUAUUUCAGAAUUUAAGGAAGACUAUUUUUCAUCAUUUAAAGCAGGCUACCCAUUCUGGGGAGCAGUUUUUUUUGCUGUUUCUGGAUUUUUGCCAAUUAUGUCUGAAAAGCAACAUACAAUGUAUCUGGUGUGGGGAAGCCUGGGAGCAAACACUGUCAGCUGCAUAGUGGCCGGAACAGGAAUCAGCACCCUGAUCAUCAACCUAAAGAGGAGCGUGGCUUCUAUGGACAGUUGCCAGAGAGUUUAUGAAAAUGACUCCUGCUUUAUGGCUUCUUUUUCCACUGAAAUUGUGGCAAUGAUCCUGUUCCUUACCAUUCUGGGGUUUUGUAGUGCCAUUUCUCUCACUAUCUAUGGACUUGGAGAAGUAUUCGAAGUAUUCAAAGGAACUAAGUGUUCAGAAGAUCGUCUUUAUGAAGAAUUAAGCAUAUAUUCGCCAAUUUACAGUGAGUUGGAAGAAAGAGCAGAGACAUCUUCUCCCACUGAUUCAUAAGAAUCGUAUGUUCAGAACAUUCUGACAGCAAAGAGUACAGAAAACCACAGGUGUUUGUUUAAGGGGCUGCUGGAAGAAUGUCAGUUCUCUCCAUGGUCUGCCAAUUUUACAUUUUGAUUUUUUCUCCAGAUGAUGGUGUUCUGUUUUUGCUGUUUCUGUUCACCCAAAAGUCUCCCUUGUCUCCCAUUUGUAGAUAUGAUAGUUUUGUGUUUUUCUUGUUUAAUGCUAUCUCACAGCCAUCCCUUCUGGGAAGUCAACACAUACUAAGAGUUUACUAUGUGCAGUUAGGGAAAAUAAGAGGAAGGCUGGUUGAGAGUUGAGUUAAACGUAGGCAACUUGAUAAUAUUUGGUUUUUAGCCCUUUUUAGAGGUCACAAGAAUGACAGAUGUGCAUAAUAUAUGUCCCCUUGACAGACUGUAAGCCCCUUAAGGGCAAAGUUCAUCCAGCAAACAUAUGCUGGGAACAAUUUAGUGUUAAAGUUUCCCACACUUGUCUCCUUUACACUGUGUACCCAAGUAUUUCAUAUGUAGUGAGUGCGCAGUGGGAAGGCACAAACCGCAUGUUAUAAAUUAAAAGUGCUCUAUAGGAGAAAGGGAUCAUUAUAUAAAUUAUUUAAUUCAUAUAUAUAUAUACAUAUAUAUGCAUAAAAGCAACCUCCAAAUUUUAAUAAUCUCUAAUGAUAUAAAAUUUAAGUCCAUUCUAUCUUAACUCUAAGGAAGCUCUCUGAUCCCACUCUAAUUUUCUCUUUAAUAUGCUUUUAUGCUUGACAGUCUCAUAUCAGCACCCUGGCUUGGAAUGUUCUGUCUUCUCUUCUUUGCUUGCUUGAAUUUCUUCUUUUUUCAAUUCCUAUCUUAAAAUUCACCUCAUUCUUUAAAUGUUCUUUAUGAGAUUGUUCCUCUGUCUAGAUUAUGAGUUUUUCUAACCAAAUAUACCCCCCACAUACCCACACAGAAACACACAUAUAUAACUAUAUGCAAAUAUUUUAUAUCCCCUCAAGGAUAAUAUAUUUUUUCAGAGACACAAAGUUUCGUAAAAAUCUUAUAUCGCCUGAAUCACCAGCACAUUCACUGACAUGAUGUUUUUCAAUAAUGUUUGCAUGAUGGUUGUGAGAGUGCACACAUGUUAUUGGGCUGUAUGCUAAGAUUUGCACAUUCUAUUGUAUGUCCCUCAAUAAAAAUAAUAAAGUUAAAAAAGUGUUUGCGGAUUGAUGAGUGGGCAGUGGGGAAUUUUACUAAGUUACUCAGUGACUGGUGGGAUGGAUGGAUGGGCAAAAACAUGAAAACCAUAAAUGAAAAUAUAAUUUAAUGAGGAAUUUGAAAUGAAAGAUGAAUAUAUGAAUGAAGACCUUGCUAAAAUGAAGUCAGUGGGAAUGGAGAGAAAUGGUUGUAUAUAAAGCAUGGGGAGAAGGGAUGGUAGAUCUUGUUAACAAGCUGAAUUAAAGGAUCUGAGCAAGCAAUUGGAUGAUUAAUACAAUAAGAGCUUGAGUCUAAAAUCAAAGAGAAUACCUGGUAUGUUUAAAGAAAUGCUAGGAAAUCAGAAGUAUGAACUGAUGAGGAUAAGUACAGAUAGAGCUAAAUUGAGCUUAGCUUUUGGUUUUCAUUUUUAGGAGACCAAAGAGAAAUGUGCAAAGGGCCUGAUGGCUGGCAUUCAAUAAAGAAUUCUGGCAAAAAUAAGAUUUGAUGAUAGCAAGUCAGCAUCAUUGUAAGAGAGGGCAUUAUUAAAUAAAGCAGAUUCAUGCUCUAAGAGAAUUAUUUUGAGAUAAAAGUAAAGCCAAGUUCAUCUUCACAUGCAUGUAAUCAGAGGGUAAAUGAAAAGAAAAACAUCCAGGGUAGAAGAUGCAAAACUUAAGUCAGAAAAGCAGAUCGUGAAACGGUAGACUGUGGGUGGCCCAAACAGACAGAGGUUGGACAAAUAGAGAAUAGCUUACCACAGAGACAGUAUCUGCUGGCUACAGAGAAGUCUAUAGUGAUGUCAACUCCAGGUAAGGCACAGACAUGGGGUGGGAAAAUAGCAACGGUGACUGAUGGCCAAAGGUGCAGAGAAACUCAAAACAUGGUAAUGGCGAUGAGCAAAUGCCUGAAACACUUGUAGAGGCAUCUAGAAAGAGAGCAUGGGACAGAUGAGAUGUGAGAAAUAAGACAGUAGACUGUGGAUAGAGACUAAUGAAGAAAAAUAAGCAAAAUAACUUUUUUUGUUGCUUGUUGCUAUUUUUCUUAUUAGGAAAAGGAAAAAGCAAUUUGCAUCUUUAAGCAGGCCCUAUGGAGGGCCUGAAAAAAAUCAUUUGGGGUACCAUUCAGAAUUUAUUAAUAAAAUAACUACAUUUUAUGUAGUUAGAAUGUCAAAAUUCAAAGGUGAAAGAUCAUUUUCCCAGAAUGUAAAAGUGAUCACAUAACCACAAAACAAAAUAUUAAGUGACUUGGUAUGUUUAUCUCACCUCAAAUCCUCAGAUUUUUAAUUUUCAUUUUUCUGAAAUAAAAUUGUUUCUCAAAAUUAGACAGUAGCACAAAAAUAUACCCUUCCACUGUGUGGCUUGCCAGGCUGUAUCUCCCUUCCUGAUCAUCCAUAGGUAUUAAUCAUUUCACAUCCAUGGCAUAUAUAGUCACAUCCAAACUCCUAAGCCUGGCCUACCAAGAUCCUCUACAAGAUUCUCCAAUUUAUCUUGAUAAGUGUGUAAUAUAUACUACUACCCUUUCUCCAAAUUCAUAUUUUAAACACAUUGUUGACUAUGCAUUUCUAUGUACAUGACACAAUUUUUGUCUCAAGACCAUUCUGAUGGCUGUCCGACCCCUGCCUGCCUUUCAUCACGUGCCCACAUCAUGGAUACACAGAGCACACAACUGCUAUGCUCUUCACAGAUUCAUUGCUGCAAAUUAUCUUUAUAAAAAUUUCAAUGUACAGGUCAUCUUCUCCAUGAAGACUGCCUACUGCACACCUAUUCAUCCAGCCUUAAUUUCUUGCUUCAUAACCACUUUACCCCAUCAUUCAGUAUGUUAUUUAUUAUGAGUGUACUUGUGAUCUUUUUCAUGUACCCUCAAUUUCUAGUAUUUGUGCAAUAAAUCAGAAUCAUUUAAAUUGA